AUGGACACCAUGGACCCGGCGGACGAAGCAGAUUCAGGGCCGUGGGAAGAAUUUUAUUUGGUGCUAAAGCUUCAAGACAUUCAAAAUGAGAAGAACAAGAGCAGGCGGCAGUACGUGCCGGUGAGCCAUGUUCUGCGACGAGACAAAGAUAGCAUACAGCACAACAUUUCCGACUCGCCAGACAUCGUAGACGACAUUUCCAACGCGAAGUUGUUGUCCAUUCUUCGACACAAGCGGCAUGGUAAGAAGUCUAUCAGACAUCUGGUCAAGUGCAAAGUCGAGGGGAGCUCACUAGUGUUCUGGGAGCCUCAGUUGAAUCCUCUGACGGCGGAGAAGGACGUCGAGGUGUUGAAGAAGCCGUUCUCGGGCAGGGUUGAUCUCAACGCCUCGAGCAUCGUUGAGGUCGAUCACACCGGAUACGAGAUCGUCUUACACGUCGUCGAGUUCUCUGCUGACAAGACGGACUUCGCCAUCGACUCGUACUGCUUCCUCCAGGCUCCUCAACACAUCCGCCCCCAGACAAACCUUGAGGACUUGGGCGCUCUCCUGAGGGAGCGGGGGCUGGCAGUGAGGUAUGACGUGAGUGUGCGGAGCGGCGGAGUAGGAGCGACCCUCGCUUCAGUAGGGCAGAGCUCGAGUGGGAACCUCAAGUCGGAGGUGUACGACUCGAUGAUCCUAGUCGAUGGCUUCAUCCCCAUGAGCUGCGGCAAGGACGUCACGUCUAACCGAGUGCUCAGCUCGAACUUUGCUGUGCAGGCCACUCAGUUGGAGGCGACGCUGAAGCUGCUCAGGUCAACACGGGUCGGAACGGAUUCCUCGCUGGGGGUCCUAGAUGCGCUCUUGGAGAAGCAAGGAGUGCAGGCUGACUCGCCCUUCGCUCAUACGCUAGCUGGUGCAUCUGAUGAGAAGGAGCAGGAGAGCGAGGAGGUCGUGUCCUCCUACGCGCCGCACGUGAUGCUGGAUGGCAUCGCCGGUGAAGUGUGGGAUCUAGAGAGCUCGAAAGGAUACGUCGCCCUCCGUCACAUCCACCUGGGCAUGGCGGUCUUACUGCCAGAGGCUUCAUCGGCGACAGCCGUUGCCAUGGUCUCGAGCGAGGGCGAUGAGUACAGACUCGAGGAAGACGGCGACCUCGAAGCCCGUGACCUCGACUCUGUUCAGCGACAAGUCAUGCUCCAGUUUGCAACGCGAGUCAAACCAUCGCGCGCUGGGGAGAGCCAGCAAGGAGCAACUGCCGACAUGAGCUUCUCCUGGAGCCGCUCGCAUGACUGGAGCAAAUCCACCAACAUCGGGGCAUGGAGACUGUCCCAGCAGGGGCCCAACCGAUGUGCUGUCACCCUCCAGAGAGAUCGCAACAUCGGGGUCCACCUGCUGUGCAACGGCUUCGUUUACAUCGGGGGGAGAGAUGCAGUGGUCCAUCUCGCCUCAGAUGCCGCGCUUGUCUCCCCGACUAGGAUCGCCCUGUCCGAGGUUCCCUCGCUGCUCCCAGACCUGCAAGGGGAUGAGGCCCCGCAUCACCUUGAGCUGCACAAGGUCAACGACGUGGCCUCAUACAGCCUGCAGGAGACGGAGCACAUCUUCUUGUUUCCUCUAGGCAAGACCAUCCCUCCUGUGCUCAUCACUGUGCAGGGGGCUGGCAGGAUCAUCCUGUCGACUAUCCCCGAGCUCCCCCACGGUCUCAGCAUUCUCCGCCAGGACGAUCGCAGCUUUCAGCUCAUUGGCACCCCGAUGAAGCUUGUUGACCUCACGCGCUACAAGCUCAAGGCUGCAAAUCGUUUCGGCAGCAUCUCAGUCAAUUUCAAGCUGCAGGUCAUGGAGAAGCCGAGGGAUCUGAUGUACGACACUACCAAUCUAGAGCUGACGCUCGGGAAGUUUGUGAUGACCUUCCCCAGCAAUGUGGCCGGGACCUUUCCUCUCCGCUUUUCUAUUCACCCGAAACUCCCAGCUGGUAUCAAGCUCGACCCACAGACUGGUUCCAUCGGAGGUCAGCUGGACGAGACGUUCGACUUCAGUCAACCUAAUCCACUCUCCUUCACCGUCACUGCGGAGAAUUCCGUUGGUGAAACCUCCUCAACCGUUGUGUUCAACGUGGUCCCUCCGCAGAGCUCUCUGAGCAAAAACAAGACGUCGCCGUGGUUGCUACCCAAGCCGCAGAUGCCCCUUGUAUGA